AUGGCAGACACAGGCGCCGACAAGGCCAAGGUCACGCUGUACUGGCUCAACAUGUCUCGAGCACAGAGCUUCGUUUGGCUGCUGGAAGAGUGCAAAGGACUGGAUUACCAGAUCGAAGUCUACAAACGAGGCAAAGACUUCCUCGCGCCCAAGAGCCUCAAAGAGAUUCAUCCGCUGGGCAAAUCACCGCUCGUGAAAAUCGAGGCGCCCUCCAGGCCGGAGCCUCUCAUUAUGGCAGAGUCUGGCACCAUCACCGAAUACAUCUGCGACUACUUUGCGCCUCAUCUCAUCCCGAAGCGGUAUCUGGAAGGCAAGGAGGGUCAGAUUGGCGGGGAGACGGAGCAGUGGCUGCGGUAUAGGCAUUACAUGCACUAUGCCGAGGGAUCUUUGAUGUCGCUGGUGCUCAUUGCAAUCUUCAUGGAUCAAAUCCGAAACGCACCCGUUCCGUUCUUCAUCAAACCCAUUGUCCGAGCCAUCCCGAACCGUGUGGAAAGCAUGUUCUUGAACGACAACUUCAAGACGCACUUCGGCUACUUGGAGUCGCAGCUGGCGUCGUCGCCCGAUGGCGGCAAGUAUCUGUGCGGCAAGGAGCUGACCGCCGCGGACAUUCUGAUCAGCUUUCCGCUCUUUGUGGGGCGAGACAAGAUCAACAAGACCGCCUACCCGAAGCUGAUCGAGUACAUCAAUACGCUGGAGACGAACGAGGGCUACCUGAGGGGUGUCAAGAAGGCGGAGGAAGUCAGCGGAGAGCCCGUCAAGUCGAGGCUUUAG